AUGCGGGAGCGGCAGGAGCGGAUGUUGAUGAUGAAGCGCAAGAACAUGGAGCGCGAGGAGAAGGAGGGCCGCCCGUCAGCGCGCCAGAGGCGAGCCGCUGACGGCGCUGGCGCUGGUUUCGGUGGUGGCGGUGGCGGUGGUGGGGGUGGAGGCAACGGGUACCAUGGGCACGGGGACGGUGGCGGCGGGUCGGAGCACCGAGCGUCAGGGGGUCAGAGGAGGCCGUCCUGUGGGCCCCUGCCUGAUGGGUGGGUCGACUGCCCGUCUAUGGGCGAGGCCAUGGGGCUGCUCAUUCCGUGCAAGGCGCCGCUGGGGGAGGCGUUCAGAGAGCUGGUGGAGCCGGGCAAGCGGUGGUCGCCCGAUGUGGCUCUCAAGCAGACGCGGAGCAUGAAGAUAGAUGUGGGCAUGGUGAUUGACCUCACCAACACCACGCGCUACUACAACCCAAAAGACUGGCUCAAGUUCAACGUGAAGUACCUCAAGCUGGCCUGCAGGGGUCGAGACGAGGUACCAGACGACGAGACAGUCAACCGCUUUGUCUAUGCAGCGCUGGACUACAUGCGCGCCACGGAGCGCAAGAAGAGCAUCAUUGUGCACUGCACGCACGGGCACAACCGCACAGGGUUCAUGAUCAUCCACUUGCUCAUGCGCGCCAUGGGGGGGCACGUGGCAGAGCGACUAGCGGAGUUCGCAGAAGCCAGGCCCCCGGGAAUAUACAAGGAGGAGUACAUCCAGUCGCUCUUCUCCUUCUACCACGAGCGGCGCCCCGAGGCCGUGAUCUGCCCGCCCACGCCCGAGUGGAAGGCCACGUUUGACCUGGACUUGGAUCUCAACGUGGCCUUAGAGAUGGACGAGGAGGAGGCGGGUGGCAGCGCAGGCGGCGGUGGUGGCGAUGAUGGCAAUGAGGAGUGUGGCGCUGCUGUGCUGCCAGAGCCGGAGGCAAGCAAGGAGGAGGAGGGAAAGAAGAAGAUGACGAUUGACGAUGUGCUGGGAUCGGCGAUACCGGAGGAGCAGCAGUGGGAGCUGCAGCAGCUCGUGUGCACAGGGCUCAAGUCGAACAAUUUUCGGCACUUCCCCGGCUCGCAACCAGUCUCACUGGACCUCAAGAACCUGCAGCUGCUGCGGCAGCGGCUGUACUACGUGACAUGGAAGGCUGAUGGCACGAGAUACAUGAUGCUCAUCUGCCCCGAUGGCUGCUACCUCAUCGACAGGAACUUCCGGUUUCGGCGAGUACAAAUGCGCUUCCCCGCGCGCAAGCAUCUGCAGCACAAGCCGGUGGACGACUGGGACGUGCACCGCACCACACUGCUGGAUGGGGAGAUGGUGGUGGAUGAGCUGCCCGGCACUGGCGUGCAGGAGCGGCGCUAUUUGAUCUACGACCUCAUGAUGCUGGACAGCAUGCCGCUGGGGGAUAGACCGUUUGCAGAGCGGUUUGAUUUGAUAGAGAAGGAGGUGGUGGCGCCGCGCAAGAUGGAUGCAGCGAUGAACCCCGUGUAUGACUACAGCCUGGAGGACUUCAAGGUGCGCCGCAAGGACUUCUACAUGCUGAGCACGGUGGGCAAGCUGCUGCACGACUUCAUUCCCAAGCUCAGCCACGAGUCCGAUGGGCUCAUCUUGCAGGGGUGGAACGAUGCGUAUGUGCCGCGCACGCACGAGGGCCUGCUCAAGUGGAAGUAUGCUCACAUGAACUCCGUUGAUUUCUGCCUCAAGAAAUCACCGGAGGGCAAGUGGGUGCUGCUGCUCUCCGAUAGGAAGACGCUGCGAGCGCUACCAGCAGCAAAGUUCACCCACCCUGGCAUGAGUGACGAGGAGGCGAACGAACUAGAGGGGAAGAUAGUGGAGUGCUGCUGGAAGAAGGACGAGGGCGAGUGGGAGUUCAUGCGCGUGCGCACUGACAAGGAGCACCCCAAUGCCUGGCACACGUACCUCAAGGUGAUGGAGAGCAUUCGAGACAACAUCACGGAGGAGGUGCUGCUGAAGGAGGUGCAGAACAUCCGCAGCCUGCCCGUCUGCUGUUUCGCAAUGACUUCUCGUCUCCAGUCCGUCGCAGCGCACGGCGUCGCCACCACAUCGUGCAGCGCGGUUACCACUUCGCAUGUCACGUCGACUGCUACGGGAGCUGGCAGGUGCAAUGCGGUCCACUCGUGUCGCCUCGCCGCCACUCCCGCCGCAAAUCUCGCCGGGUCUGCCGCAGGAUCCCACUCGCUCGCCAGCUGUUCCGCGUUUAGCGGAGCCUCCGCAUGGUGGCAGCGCUCCGCCGCGCAGAUUGCGGGGAAUGCGGGAGCUUCGGGGUGCAAGGUUUGGCCAGGGAUGGCAUUCGUUGUCCGUAGUGCUCUGGAGCCUUACGUCAUCACGAAGCUAGACUCAGCAGAACGAACCUUCAAGGAGCUUUCUAUUCGGCUGGCAGAUCCCGAGGUGGCGUCCAACGCGACUGAGUACAUGCGCAUUGCCAAGUCAGCAGGCGAGAUUGAAGAGGUGGCGAGCGCCUAUGCAGAGUGGAAGGACAAGCAGCAGCAGCUGGCAGAUGCAAAAGCCCUAAUGAAGGACAGUGCAUCGGACCCGGAGAUGGCGGAGAUGGCGGGGGAGGAGGUGGGGGAGCUGGAGGCGCAGAUAGAGGAAUUGGAGGGGCGACUGAAGGUGUUGCUGCUGCCCACCGACCCACUCGAUGCUAGGAACAUCAUGCUGGAAGUGCGGGCGGGCACAGGAGGGGAUGAAGCAGGCAUCUGGGCGGGUGACCUGGUGAAGAUGUACAGCCGCUAUGCUGACAAGAACGGGUGGCGCGUGUCUCCCGUUUCCUGCACUGAGGCGGAGAUGGGCGGGUUCAAGGAGUACGUGAUGGAGAUAGCGGGCGAGCGUGUGUACAGCAAGCUCAAGUACGAGAGCGGUGUGCACCGCGUGCAGCGCGUGCCCGCUACUGAGUCCGCUGGCCGGGUGCAUACCUCCACUGCUACAGUCGCCAUCAUGCCCGAGAUCGAUGAGGUAGAAGUGGUGAUCGACCCCAAGGACAUUGAACUAACGACAGCGCGGUCAGGAGGGGCGGGCGGGCAGAACGUGAACAAGGUGGAGACGGCGGCAGACCUGUUCCACAAGCCCACGGGCAUCCGCAUCUUCUGCACGGAGGAGCGCUCGCAGCUGAAGAACAAGAUUCGCGCCAUGCAGCUGCUCAGGGCCAAGCUAUAUGAGCGCAUGCUGCAGGAGCAACAGGACGAAGUCAGUUCUCGCAGACGAUCGCAGGUCGGCACGGGCUCCCGUUCCGAGAAGAUUCGAACGUACAACUACAAGGACAACCGGGUGUCGGACCAUCGCACCAAGAUCAAUUUUGACCUCAACUCGUUCCUCAACGGGGAUAUUGACAACGCCAUCCAGUCCAUGGUGGCGAUGGAGCAGAAGGAGAUGCUGGAGGAGCUUGCAGCGUCCGUGCAAACCACGGUCUGA